UACAGAGGCACUGAGAAGGCUUUUAACCCUGAGAUACGUUAAGAUGAAGACUUUCAGCAUGAAGAUUGUUGUUCUACUUGGAUUUGUGAUGCUUCUCUCUAUUGCUUUGGCUGAGCAUGAGCAUGGCCAUCAGCAUGUCAUUGAGAAGCGCUCUUCAAGUGAAGAGCGUGUCCGUGGCCCUGGCCCUGGCCGUGGCUUUCCAAACUUUCUGCAGCAGUUUGGAAAGCUGCAGCAGUACCAGUACCAGUACCAGCAGUACCUUCUGCUUCUGCAAAGACUUGGUCUUGUCCCAGCCCCUGCAGCACCAGCCCCAGCUCCAGCCCCAGCUCCAGCCCCAGCUCCUGCCCCAGCUCCUGCCCCAGCUCCUGCCCCAGCUCCUGCCCCAGCCCCAGCCCCAGCUCCAGCUGGUCGCUGAGAAAGGACAUGAAUCAGAAACUUAAACUCAACAAGAGCAAGCUAUGGUUGAUGAAAUGACCAGAACAUUAACUGACAAUAAGUACUGUAAUAGCUGUCUUCCAUAUUUUGCUUGAGUUUCCCUUUAAUGUAUUUGCUGUAUGUCUAUCUGCAAUGUAAUAAAGAGGAUUUGAAAUGG